AUGGCCAUCCAGGGCAUGUUGGACUUUGAUUACAGCUGUAAACGCGCGCGCGCCCCUGUGGCCGCUAUGAUUUACCCCUAUAGUGGACACCACGUCCAGAAAUUCUACUGGGGUACAUGCGAGACCCUUCUUCCCGUAUACACCUCUGAAGAGGCCGUGAAGAAGCGCCCCUACGUCAAUGUCGUCGUUAACUUUGCGUCGAGUAGUGUUUAUAGCAGUACGAUGAAGCGUUUGGGGUAUGAGAGUAUCAAGGCCAUCGCGUCGAUCACCGAAGGCGUGCCAGAACACCAGGCGAGGGAGAUUCUGUGA